GAAUUUUUUUGAAGAAUUGAAGCUUUCCCUUUUUUGAACUAACCAAAGUAUAGCCAAAAUGUCUUCUAAAGCUCAAAAUCCUAUGCGUGAAUUGCGUAUUGAAAAAUUAGUCUUGAACAUCUGUGUCGGUGAAUCCGGUGAUAGAUUAACCAGAGCUUCUAAAGUUUUAGAACAAUUAUCUGGUCAAACCCCAGUUCAAUCUAAAGCUAGAUAUACCGUUAGAACUUUCGGUAUCAGAAGAAAUGAAAAAAUUUCUGUCCACGUUACCAUCAGAGGUCCAAAAGCUGAAGAAAUCUUAGAAAGAGGUUUGAAAGUUAAAGAAUAUCAAUUAAGAAGUAAAAACUUUUCUGAAACCGGUAACUUUGGUUUCGGUAUUGAUGAACACAUUGAUUUAGGUAUCAAAUAUGACCCAGGUAUCGGUAUUUACGGUAUGGAUUUCUACGUUGUUGUCGGUAGAGCUGGUCAAAGAAUUACCAGAAGAAAGAGAUGUAGAAGUACCGUUGGUAAAAACCAUUUAGUCCGUAAAGAUGACUCUAUUCAAUGGUUCAAACAAAGAUACGAUGCUGAUGUCUUAGAUAAAUAAACUAGUUAAUCUUGUAUCUAUCUUUUAAUUUAAAACGAAAUCUAAUAAAAUAUUAACCAUA